AUGUCUGCUAUCCAUAACCUCCCCUCUUUCUAUCCCUUUGACGAUGCAAGUAAGGGUGAUGAUCUGCUUCUUGCUGGCACUGGGGAUUAUAUCCAUGUAAGAAUUCAAAAGAGAAACAGCAGGAAGACCCUUACUACCUUCCAAGGGAUCAUUGAUGAAUACAAUAAAAAGAAACUAAUAAAAGCAUUUAAGAAGAAAUUUGCAUACAAUGGUACUGUAAUUGAGCAUCAAGAAUUUGGAGAGGUAAUUAAGCUACAGAAUGAACUAUGCCAAAACACCUGCAAGUUCCUUUCAGAGAUUGGACUGGCUAAGGACAACCAGCUAAAGGUUCAUGGGUUUUAA